CCCCAUGAGGCUGUGUGGUGCACUGCUCCCAGAGGCAUUCCCUGUGUGUCCAUAAGGCCUCCUCCCCACUCUAUGGAAGCGGAGCCCAGCCAUUCUGCUGAUGGGGAGCGAUCCGGAAGGCAACAGCAGCCUCUGUCUGCUGGAGCCGCUGAGCCCCCCACUGGGUCCCGUCCACCUCAGCCACAGCAGCCACCAUCCAACCCCCGCCCCGUCCAUGGUGGCCUGGGCCGCCUCCAUCACCGCAAGCCCAAACGUAGCGACCUGCUCCUCAGGCUCCAGCAUCAGCACAAGACCCAAGCAGCAGCAUGGCAGCUCUCAACAGACACCCCAGGUCCUUCAGGAGACAGCUUCUCCUCCCCCUCCACUUCAUCCCUACCGUCCUCCUCUACCCAAGGCCACAACACGCAGGGGGUCCAGUCCCAGCCCAACCAGGAGGUCACAGAGGGCAGCCCUAAAAGAGGCGAGAGGAAGUCCCAGAAACCGGGGAAGUACGUGUGCACUUACUGUGGCCGUCCAUGUGCCAAACCCAGCGUUCUCCAGAAACACAUCCGCUCCCACACAGGGGAGAGGCCUUACCCCUGCGCCCCCUGUGGCUUCUCCUUCAAGACCAAGAGUAACCUUUACAAGCACCGCAAGUCCCACGCCCACCGCAUCAAGGCUGGCCUGGUGUCCAGCCGGGACGAGCUGAGCCUGAGCGGACCCGAGAUGAGCGCCCCGGGAGAGGAUCACGAGGAGCCUACAGAGGGGGAGAGCACAGACUCUGAGGAGGAGACGGGUCAGUACAGGAAGGAGAGGCUGGGCAAGCAGAAGAACAGCAGCAGUUUGGCGCUGUCAGGGCAAGAGGAGGGCCAGAGGUCUGACGACUCCCAGGCCGUGAAGCAGAGACUGGCCAUGAGGCUGAGCGAGAGGAAGCGUGGCCCCAUGGCCUCCCAGGAUGACCCUCCCUCUUCCUCCCUGGGCCUCAGCAGUAAAGGCAGCCAAGAGUCAGGCUACUUCUCCCUUUCGAGGAGUGCUGAGAUGAGCCGAGCUGACUCCCAGGUGAGCCCUCCCACCGCCAACGCCAAAACCUAUGCCGAGAUCAUCCUGGGCAAGUAUGGGCGGCUGAGAGGGCAGCAGCGCGGUCCCCAUCAGCAGCAUGCCCACUCUUCAUCAUCAGGGAUGGAGGAGAAGAGCAGCAUGCCCUUCAGCGUUCCCAAGACACAGGUCAUUGAGCACAUCACCAAACUCAUCACCAUCAACGAGGCGGUGGUGGACACCAGCGAGAUCGAUAGCGUCAAGCCCAGGCGCUCCUCGCUCUCCAGGAAGAGUAGUCUGGAGUCACCCAAGUUCUCCUCCCCCAAAGACCCCUAUGUGUUUGAGCCUAAGGGAGAAAGCCCCGGCCUCAGUGGUAUGGCAGGCCAAUCACUCCGUCUCCAUGUCCAAGAAGUGGACCCCUCUGGGGUCCAGGAGUCCUCCUCCUCAGUGCCUCUGUUGAGAAGCCAAUCCAUGCCCACGUCAGCGGGCCAGGGAAACCGCUCCAACACCUCUCCCCGGGGCUUCUGUCGUCUGAGCCACUCCUUUGAUGAGCAGCAGGCCGUGGUGGCCGAGAUGAGGUUGGGCGGGCAGCACCGUUUGCUGAGGCGCCAGCCCGCCAUUGAGGUGCCCCUCGGGGCUGAGCUCAUCCUGGAGGCUGGCCCCUCCUCUCCUCCGCAGCUACAGAAAGUGGCCUAACCAGGAAGCAGCAACAGCAGCAACGCAAAGGUCCAAGGCUCUAUGAGUGCGAGGCCUGCGGAGCCUGCUGUAAACAAAGGGAGAGUUACGAGGCCCACAGGGGUCUCUGCACAGGCCAGCCAAUAAAGGAGCUGGAGAGAGGAGAGGUGGAUGGGGCGUGCCGGGAUGACCGCCCCCAGAUGAUGCACUAUAAAUUCCGGGCACUGGCCAUGACAGUGAGGAAGAGGAGGAAAGAGGAGAGUCUGGAGGAGGAUCCUUCCAGCCCCGGGCCUACAGCUGUUGUGACCUGCAGCCCCGCAGCCACCACUGCAGUGCCAAGCCUGGUGGAGCAGAGUGGGGCCUUCUCAGGUGCUCCCUCACAGGCCGAGCAGCAGCAAGACAGGAAGGGCAUCUCGGUCAUCCAGCACACCAGCUCCUUCGAGAAGCAGGAAAGUAAAUCCAUGGAGAGCCAGGAGUCUAUAGAGCUCAGAGAGAGCCAGUCAACACUGGUAAAACAGCCGCAGCCAAAAUCAUUGCCCUCCAUGUCCCGCCUGGUCCGCCAGCACAACAUCCAAGUGCCAGAGAUCCUAGUGACGGUGGAGCCUGACGCUGAUAUGGUGUCAGUGUCGCCCACGGCGACGGCGUCCUCGUCUAAGGAGCCAGAGAGAGUGGUAGAGGAGUUCCAGUGGCCUCAGCGCAGCCAGAGUAUGGCUCAGCUCCCCGCCGAGAAGCUGCCACCAAAGAAGAAGCGUCUCCGUCUAGCCGAGUCUGCUGCCCAUUCUUCCGGAGAGUCUAGCUUUGAGUCUGUAUCGCUGGGGCCCCGGAGCCCCAGCCAGGAGACCAACAUUUCUCACUCCCCCAGCCGCUCUGCCUCCUUUGAAGACAUGGAGGGCAAACCUGCUGAGCCUUCCCCCUGGGGCUCCGGCAGCACCCAGGGCUCACACAUGCUAACCGUGCCCUCGGGCCCCCACCAACACCACCAACCCCAAAGAGAGAUGCGGCGCUCAGCCUCGGAGCAGGCCCCGGCCAGCCCCCAGCACACUGCCGAGAUCGUGGAGACCAGGAGCAAAUCCUUUGACUACGGGUCCCUAUCCCCACAGCAGUCUGCGUCGGCCUGGAGGGAGAGGAGGAAGUGCCUACUGGUGAAGCACGCCACCCUGGGCGAGCCAGACCACGAGGAAGGGGCCAUGGCCAGCCAGUCAGGCCGACCAGGGAGCCCCAAGCCAGGCCCGUCCUACACCAGCCACCCUGCCCUCCACCCAGCUGAAGCCAGCACCUCCAGGCUCAGCCCGGACGCCAUAGGGAAGACCGUACAGCUGUUCCACCAGCCCCGGAUACUCCCAUUCCCCAUGCGACCAACUGGGCAUGAUCGGAUCCCUCUUGGCCAGAUAGCCCAGCUCCACCCGGUCACCACUGCCAUCUCAGAUGUCCUCUCCACCCACAUCAUCCACAGAGCCUUCUUACACACACACCCUUCCCCUCCAACCAUACAAGUCCACCCAGGGCAGCUUCACAUGGCAGAACGACUAGGCCUGCCCCUCCAUCCUUUCUCAGCUCUGCUCUCCCUGCAGUACCCCACCGGGGCUGGCCAGGCUGUGUACCUCCCCGUGCCACCUGGGCUCACCAUCCAAGUCCCCACACAGCCCCCCAUACCCUCCACCGUGGUUCUCCCUGCCCCAUAUCCUCAGUCCUUAGUCCCCGUACCCUGCCACCAUCCCCCGCCUGUCAUCGCAACGUGCCUGGCGCAGCUGACGCCAAUCGUGUCACUGGUGGUACCAGUACGCCUCCAGACCCACAUGCCCACCUACGCCAGUGCCCUGUACACCACCCUCUCCCAGAUCCCGGCGUCAGACCGCUCGCAGGAGCCCAUCUGCUGCAUGGCCAUGGUUAUCAUGGGCCAGCUGGAGCAGGACAAGCUGCAGAGGUCCUACCUGAAGAUCCCCACCCCGGACUUCAAAAGCUACCUGCCCCUGUCUCUACCCCUGCCCCUGGAGCUGGGCUUUGCGUCCGAGGAGGGCUACGGGCCACUGGGGGCUGGAGGGAGCAAACGCAUGCUCUCCCCUGCAGCCAGUCUGGAGCUCAGCACAGAGGCCCAGCGCCAGCAGAAACGAGUGAAGGAGGAAGAGGAGGAAGAGAAGGUGGAAGAGGAAGAGGAAAAUAGGGGUACUAGGAGAAAACUGGAAGCAGGGGAGGACGAAGAGAAAGAGCCGGAAAGGGCACAGAUAGGAGUAGGAACUGUGAAAGUCGAGGAGGAAGAGGAGGUACGGGACCCAGAGGACCACAGGGUAGAGCGGGAGGUGCAAGGGAAGGCUGAACCUAAGAAAGAAAAGGGGAGGGAGGACGACGAGGGCCAGGGAGUGAGUGCUUCCUUCGUACCCCAGAGUCCAGAGCGAGCCAAAGCCCCAUCGUACCCCAGCCUCCACACCACCACCUCAGUCAGCUGGUGCUACUUGAACUACGUGAAGCCCAACCCGUCUGCCCAGAGGGAGCCACAAACCUCCGUUUACACCUCCUGGAGUGUCAGCGUGCACAACCCCAACCUGCCAGGCCUGUCCACCAAGCUGGCACUGUCCCUGCUGCGCUCCAAGCAGAAGCACAGCUCAGAGACCUACACCAUGGCCACAGCUCUAACCCCUGCCACGGGCAAGGUGGUCCUUGCCAGCAGCAGAAAGCCCCACAUUUCAGAGGUAAAUAUAACAGCAAUAUUCAAUAUCUAGGAAAACACAGCAUGGGCCAAUUAGACCAAAACUGCCAAAAUCACUGAUUUAGUUUUAGUUAUGAAUUAUAUAGAAUAAUGCAUACCCCACAAUUUCACAGCUGGAAAUGACCAGACAAUAUGAUGUUAGAUGAUACACUACAACCAAUACAUUAAAUGUUUGACAUUAAUUGUUGUUCCAAUGUACUGUGUAUCAUCAUUGCCAACCAAGAUGUCAGGGUGCGUUGGUGAAUUUGCCUGUGUCUGUCUUUGAGUGUAGGUACAUGCUACCCCACCCAGCACCCCUGUCGAAGUGAAGGAGCCAACACAGCAGCCUGAGAAGGAGGAGAAGAAGGGGAAGAGAGAGGAGCAAGGGCCCUCCACCUCCAAACAGAGUGAUCCUCUCCGUGUCCAAAUCUUCGAGGGC